UCAAAAAAGUAAUCAAACUUGUACUUGAAAGUUUGAAAAGUUUUAUUUUUGUUAUUUUUUAUUUCUCUACACAUAUUAAAAUAACAUGACUUUAAAGUUGUAUUACGAUCUUAUGUCGCAACCGUCCAGGGCUCUGUAUAUAUUAUUAAAAGCUUCUAAAUGCAAUUUUGAAGCGAAUUAUGUGGAUUUGCGCAAAGGUGAACAUUAUGCCGAGGAAUAUUCAAAAAUUAACCGACUACAAAAAGUACCUGUGAUUGAUCACAAUGGAUUUCUACUCUCUGAAAGUGUCGCUAUAAUAAACUACUUAUCUCGAGAAGGUGUUAUACCAGAGACCCUGUACCCAAGAGAUAGCAGGACUUGUGCUUUGGUUCAAGAAUACCUGGAGUGGCAGCAUAUUGGUUUGAGACUACAUUGUGCUAUGUACUUCAGAGUUAAGUACAUGGAUCCCAUUCUAUUUGGACGGACACCCAGUGAAGAGCAGAUAAAGGGAUAUGAGCAGCGAAUGGUUUCCGCACUAGAACUGUUAAAUACAAAAUGGUUGGGCAGAGGCACUGAUUUUAUUGUUGGAAAUACUGUUACCGUUGCAGAUCUGUGGGCAGCGUGUGAAUUAGAACAACCAAGAAUGGCAGGUUUUGAUGCGAAGGACAAGUUUCCUAAUAUAGCCACCUGGUGGGUAAAAGUUAGACAACAUUUUAACCCACAUUACGAUGAAGGUCAUGUAAUUUUGAAUAAAAUUGUACAGAAGGAACAAAAAACCUCGAAAUUGUAACAGAAUUUUUUAAGAAACUAAGGUCAAAGAAUUAAUUGUAUGAAAAAUUGUGGGUAGUUUUAACUUUGUUUUUUGAGGUUAUGUUGUACGUGUAA